GAAGCAGGAGAAAGUGCCCUUACAGCCCAGUGUGCUUAUGAUCCAUGAGGAAGGCACUGUCCCAUGCAACUCCUCAGUGACCUCGCAGACGGCCCCUGGUGCCCAGCGCCGAGAGGAGCUGCAAUGUGGGCACGGGCACAAGGACACAGCCUCUCCUGACCCACAGCAGUCCUUGCUCCAGGCACUCUCCCUGCUCCGCAGCGAUGACUGGGAGAUGAAGGAGAAGGGACUUGUCAGCCUCAAACACCUGGCUGGGUCCCAUUCAGAAGUCCUGCUUUCAACACUUCGUGACAUUUGCUUGGCAGUUACCAGUGAGGUGACCAACCUCCGGUCAAAGGUGUCCUGCGCGGCUAUUGACACUCUGGGAGAGUUUUUUGCCACCUUGAAGCAGGACAUGGACUCUGAGGUGGAUGAGGUGGUUCGGGUCCUUCUCCGCAUGCUGCGUAAUUGCCCAGAGUUUGUUGAGAAAGCAGCCAGUCAGACCCUGGGCAUCAUGGUGGAGAAUGUGACUCCUGCACGAGCAAUAGCUGCUCUCCUGGACAGUGGAGUCAAGGCCCGCCACGUCCAGGUGCGGAAGUGUGCGGCCGAGCUGCUGCUGUCCUUGCUGGAGAGAAUUGGAGUCACGGAGCUCGCAGGCACAGCCGGGGCUGGGAGCCUGGUGCACGCGGCAGGGACGCUGGCUCAGGACCGUCACCAGGACACAAGGCAUUAUGGACAGGACAUGGUGAAGAUGUGCUCAAUCACCCAGAAGGUAAAAUGCUUUUGGAGCGAUCCGUUCCCGCCCGUCACCUGGAAGAUAUUCUGA